AUGGGAUAUAUGCCAAGCCACAGAAUAAAUGUAUCCCAUCCUUUCGAACACACAGGGAUUGACUAUGCCGGACCCAUAUAUAUGAAGUGCUCAAAAGGUCGUGGUCAAAAAUCAUUCAAAGGCUAUAUUUCAGUAUUUAUAUGCAUGUCUACUAAAGCAAUUCAUUUAGAAGCAGUAAGCGAUUUAUCAACAGAAGCAUUCAUGGCUGCAUUAAAAAGAUUCUUUUCGAGACGUGGGAAAAGUGCACAUCUAUAUUCAGAUAAUGGUACUAAUUUUAUUGGUGCAUUAAAAAGACUAGACAAAGAAUUUGGAAAUGCAAUCAAAAAUAAUACAUCAAUAGUUCAAAUUCUCGCAACUGAAAAAAUAGAAUGGCAUUUUAUUCCGCCGGCAAGCCCGCACUUCGGCGGUAUUUGGGAAGCAACAGUAAAAUCUACAAAAUACCAUUUAAAACGAGUAAUAGGUGAGACAAAGCUUACGUUUGAAGAAAUGACAACAUUUUUAUAUCAGACAGAGGCAGUUUUAAACUCAAGACCACUCUGCUAUGUAAACAGCGGAAUUGAUAGCAUUGAUGUUUUGACACCAGGACAUUUUCUAAUUGGGCGACCACUAUUAAACGAACCAGAAGCAGAAAUCAAAGAAAAAAUAAAUCUAGUAAACCGCUGGGAACUAUUACAGAAAAUGAAAUCAGAUUUUUGGAAGAAGUGGAAAAAGAAUAUGUGA